AUGAGGAGCCAGGCCCAGACUACAGAAAAGCAAGUUAAGAAGGAGUUUGAGAAGCUUCACCAGUUGCUACAAGAGGAAGAGGCAGCCAGGAUAGCUGCUAUGAGGGAGGAAGUGGAGCAGAAGAGUCAUCGGAUGAAGAAGAAGAUUGAGGAGAUGAGUAAAGAGAUAUCAUGCCUUUCAGACACAAUCCGAGCCAUACAGGAGGAGCUGGGAGCUGAAGACAUCUCAUUUCUACAAAACUACACAGCCACGGUGAAAAGAGCCAAGUGCACACUGCCAGAUCCACAGCUGGUCUCAGGAGCGCUGAUAGAUGUGGCCAAACACCUGGGCAACCUGAAGUUCAGAGUCUGGGAGAAGAUGCAGGAAAUUGUUCAGUACAGUCCUAUGAUUCUGGACCCCAACACUGGUCACCCAGGUCUCCUCCUCUCUGAUGAUCUGACCAGUAUGAGAUGCAUUGGAGUGACACAGAAGUUACCUGACAACCCAGAGAGGUUUGAUAAAUCUGACCUUGCCCUGGGCUCAGGACAAGGUCAUUGAGGUUGGAGAUAGUCAAUUCUUUGUUGUAGGUGUGGCCCCAGAAUCUGUCUCCAGGAAAGGACAUGGCCACUGGGUUAGAAUGUGUGGAAAACAGUGGUGUAAUGCUGGAUACAUGCCAUAUUCGUCCCCCACCCUAUUCACACUGAAACAGAGAGCUCCUCAGAGGGUGAGAGUACAACUGGACAGGGACAGAGGAAAGCUGUCAUUCUCUGACCCUGAUAACAACACACACCUACACACAUCAACACACACUUUCACUGAAAGAGUCUUUCUGUUCUUCUACUUUAAUUGGUCUACUUUCUCACAUUCACUAAGAGUCUUACCAGUGAAAACCUCCGUAACAGUGGAACAGCACAACUAGAGUAGGGAGGGCGAAUGAAUGGGCUUCUACACAGUCAUUUGGGACGGCAGGGUAGCCUAGUGGUUAGAGCAUUGGGCUGGCUAGCAACCGAAAGG